AUGCUGUGGAUUGAUGGGUUGUGUGAAUAUGAGAAGAGGGAAGAGAACCCAGAAAUUCAAAGACAAGUUGUAAUGCUGAAGAAGAACGGCGGAUCACUGAGGUUGGACAUACCCCACCAUGGUCUAGUCAGCAUCCCACUCCAGGAAGAUUCAUCUCAUGGAGAUAGAUACCACACAGAGUCCUUGAAAGAUGUGUUGAUGGCUCAUGGAAGCUUCAGGAUUGCAAUGCAAACUUGGACCCCAAAGCAAAACGAAGAUCCGUUGGAACAAGCGGUUGGUGAAGUCAAAGCCAUUAGCCUCUUCUUCCCAGAUGUUCGAUCUAAACAUCUUCGGAUCUGCAUGGCCGCAUGGCUUGGAGUACUCUGUACCGUUGAUGAUCUACUCGAGGCGAUGAGGCCUCACGAAGCCGAGGAUGCUAUUCUGGCAACCAUUGCUACUUUGCAGGAUAGUGAGAGAGACAAUAAGAUAGUCUGCGAAGUCUCUCCCAAGGCCAAUGUCUGCUCUCUCAUGUCAUUGUUUCAGAAGCACUGUUGCCGGUAUCUCUCAGAUGCAGCUGCAAAAGAUUUCUUUCGCGAAAUUUGCACUGUAUUCUGUGGCUUCAUGCAGGAGAUCGACUUUCAACAAGGCUACUUGAAACGCGAUAUGGAGAACUACAUGGAGAUUCGAACACGAACAAUCGGAGUUGCGCCUUUCUUCAGCCUGAUCAGAUGCGACCUCUUCCCCGCCGACUAUUAUUCAGACAGUAUUUCGGCCAUACAGAAGGCAGUAAAUAUUGCAGUUGGCCUCCAAAACGAUCUUGUUGGGCUUGAAAAAGACCUGGAAGAGAAAGAGCCAAUGAAUGCCGUAUUUGUCAGUAUGGAGGAGCUGUUGUGGAAGGAGGAAGUGAAGGGAACGAAGCUUGCCGAUACAAUUGCGGCCGUUUGUUCAUUGCAUAACUGCAGUAUUGCGGAGGUGGCACAGAUACGCCAGAGGAUCCUGCAGACAGCAAGAGAUGAGUCCGAAAUAAUUGUGGCAACCUCUCAGCUUCUCUUUACUGAGACCCAUUUUAGAUGGUGCACCACGGCAAAGAGGUAUAGAACGCAUUUAGAAUAG